UUGAGAUUGGCAUUUGGACCUCGGCAUCGCUGGCCAAGCGGGCGCCGCGGAUCGCAGGGCAUGUGAAGGCACAACUACAACUUGGCCCCGACAUCGUCACACGACGAGCUUCCACCGCAACAGCACGAGCUUCUUUUCUUUUUCCCUUAUUGUUACUCGCCAAAUAUCCUUCUUCUGCUGCCUCAAUUGCAGCCAUCCAGCACCGAAUGCCCGGCUCAUCCAGGCUGCCCGUCAGCCUCCGCGACACGUUCAAUGCCCGCGCGGGCUCUGUAAAGAGCGGCCAGCUCGCCGCCCUCAACGUCGACCUGGUGCGCAACAUCAUCUUCAUCCUGUUUGUGCUGCGCUGGACCCGCAAGCUCUUCUACCAGCUCAAAGGCCGCGGCCUCAUCGGCUCGUCUGUCGACAUCUACACCUACGUCCGCCGCACGCUAUACGGCCUCUUCCUCCGCGCCCCAGGUGUGCGCACCAAAGUCCAAACCCAGGUCGCCGAAUCCAUCCUCAAGCUCGAACGCAAACUCGUCCCCUCUGGCCCGGGAAUCACACGCAUCACCUCCCUCCCCGCCCAAGGAUGGACCGAAGACGAAGUCCGCGCCAAACUCGAUGAAUUGGCCCAGAUGGAACACACGCGCUGGGAAGACGGCCGGGUCAGCGGGGCAGUCUACCACGGCGGCGACGACCUGAUGCGCCUCCAGACCGAAGCCUUUGGCAAAUUCACCGUCUCCAACCCUAUCCACCCAGACGUCUUCCCAGGCGUGCGCAAAAUGGAAGCCGAAGUCGUCGCCAUGGUCCUGUCCCUCUUCAACGCUCCCGAGUCGGCCGUGGGCGUCACCACCAGUGGCGGUACCGAGUCCAUCCUCAUGGCCGUCCUCUCUGCCCGCAAUAAAGCCUAUGCCGAGCGCGGCGUCACCUCCCCCGAGAUGAUCCUCCCGGAAACCGCGCACACGGCUUUCCGCAAAGCAGGCGAAUACUUCAAAAUCAAGAUACACCUCGUAGCAUGCAACGCCCCCUCGUACAAGCCCGCAACAUCCUCCAUCUCCCGCCUCAUCAACCCAAACACAAUCCUUCUAGUCGGCUCCGCGCCCAACUUCCCCCACGGAAUCAUCGACGACAUCACCUCGCUUUCCCGCCUCGCACACAAGAAGAAAUUGCCCCUCCACGUAGACUGCUGUCUCGGCUCCUUCAUCAUGCCCAUGCUCUCCGCCGCAGGCUUCGACUCUGAACCCUUCGACUUUGCCCUAAAAGGCGUGACUUCCAUCUCCGUCGACACCCACAAAUACGGCUUUGCCCCCAAGGGCAACUCAACCGUGCUCUACCGCUCCGACGAAUACCGCAAAUACCAAUACUUCAUUGCGCCCGACUGGCCGGGAGGCGUCUACGCGUCCCCUUCAAUCGCCGGAUCCCGUCCCGGCGCGCUGAUCGCCGGAUGCUGGGCUUCUUUGGUAAAACAAGGAACAAACGGCUACAUCGAUGCGGCGCACAAAAUCGUCGGUGGCAUGAAGAAGAUCGAGGCUGCGAUCCGCACGCACCCCUCUCUAUCCUCUGACCUCAAGGUCGUGGGUAAACCUUUGGUUUCAGUCAUUGCGUUCCUCUCGCCUACACUGGACAUCUACGACAUCGCCGAUGCUAUGAAUGACAAAGGGUGGCAUCUCAAUGCUCUCCAGUCCCCGCCCGCCAUACACAUUGCCGUUACUCUCCCCAUCGUUGCCGUCGUCGACAAGCUUGUUGAAGAUAUGGUCGAGGUCGUCGAGGACGUCAAGGAGAAGGAGCGAGCGAGGAUUGCGCAGGGAGGUAGUGGGAAGGGGGCUGCCAAGGGGGAUACUGCGGCGCUUUAUGGCGUUGCGGGGAGUUUGCCGAAUAAGAGUGUUGUUGUGGACUUGGCCAAGGGCUUUUUGGAUACCUUAUAUAAAGUUUAG